AUGCAGCUCAUGAAGGUCAGGGACACGAUCGAAAGAGGGCCCAUCGCGUUCGCCUACUGGACAACAGCUGCAAAAUUACUACCGGGAACGCGUGACAUGGACUCAAACAGUUCAGAAAGGCGCCAGCUAAAAGAGCAAUUCACCAAAAUAGAAGAACGAAUUACGAAAGUGGAAGAACGAUUUACCAAAAUGGAGAAGGUAAUCGAGCGGCUGGUGGCAAAAAAUGACACCGAAGUGGAGGAAUCGCUGCAGCGGAAACUGAGCAUUUUAUUGCCCAAGGUGGAGGAGCUUCUUGCAUCCUAUCAGAGAUCGUCCCCUACUCUCAGUUCCCUGAACCAAUUCCCUCCAGCGCAGCCCUUUUCUGCAGUCCCUGUUUCUGCGGUCACGGAAUUCUGCCAAGGAAACGUUCCAAACGUUGGCCCUCCAGCCCACUCCAUGCAGGGCGCCCCGGCCUCCUCCAGCCCCUCCACGGACGCUCCGAAGUCGCUUCUGGAGACCGCGGAGAAGGGACUGCGGCGCUUUCUGGGUGAUGGAGGAAAAGUGAAUGCGCGGGACGAGCGCGGCAACACCGCGCUGCAUCUGGCUGCGAGCAACGGCCGCACGGAGGUCGCGGACUUGCUCAUUGCGAACGGAGCGUGGGUGGACAACUGGGCUAACCAGCGUCGCACCCCGCUGCACUGCGCGGCCGCCAACGGGCACUCGGCGACAGUGGCGCGCCUGGUGGUCGCCGGGGCGGCAUUGGAGGCGCGCGACGCCCGGGGCGCCACCGCCGUCGCCCUCGCCGCCCGAGGAGGCCACGCGGCCGCGUUGCAGUCGCUCUUGGUGCAGGGCGCGUCGGUGAACACAAAGGACGUCGACGGAAGGACGCCCCUAUCGCACGCCGUCAGGGGGAACUUCUCCGCUGCGGUCACUCUGCUGGCGGAGAAGGGAGCUGACGUGAACGCCACAGCCGAGGGCGAAGACACUCCACUCAUAGACGCUUCAAAACACGGAAACCUCGAGAUAGUGGCAUGCCUGUUGGAGAAAGGGGCCAAUGUGAACACAUCUGAUGUGAAUGGAGACACUCCCUUAUUAGUGGCAGUGAAAAAUCAGAAAAGUGAUUUUGUACAAUUGCUAUUGACGAAAGGAGCUUCGCCAACAAAGAAAAACAACAAAGAAGAGUCUCCAUUGUUUGUUGCCUCCAGAGGCGGCCUCGAGGGUAUCCUUGAAUAUUUGCUGAAAGCGGUCCAACUAUCCGAGAGGGCCGAGAUAGGACGCUCCCUGCGAGUGGCUGCUAGCGCGGAGGUGGUGCCCAUAGACACGAGCACUUCAGAAAGCCGGCAGCUGGAGGAGGCUUCACAAAAAUGAACGCAAGACUUGCUAAAAUGGACGAACAAUUUACGAAAAUAGACGAACGACUUGCAAAAACUGAUGAACGACUCACCAAAAUAGAGGAGGUACUCGAGCGACUCGUGGCAAAGAAAAUUACGGAAACGGAGGAAUCGUUGCAGCAAAAACUGGUAAUUUCAAUGCCCAAGAUGGGGGAGCUGUACGCAUUCCACCAGAGCGUGUCCGCCACUCCCGAUUCCCAGGGCCAGUUACCUCCAAAACAGCCAUCUCCUCCACCUACUACCAUUUCUCCCACCACCACCAUCACCACCUCGUCACUCAACAUACACCUCCCUGCAUCUGCCACCGCCGCUCCAAUAGUCAAGGAAUACCAAGCAAAUAUACCAUAUGCCACAGACGGCCCUCCCACUGACUCCAUCCAUGGCGCCCCGGCCUCCUCCAGCCCCUCCAUAGAUGCCCCGAAGUCACUUCUGGAGGCUGCGGAGAAGGGAGAUGUGGCAGCACUGCGGCGCUUUCUGGCCGAUGGAGGAAGAGUAAAUGCGCGGGACGAGCGCGGCAACACCGCGCUGCACCUGGCUGCGAGCAACGGCCGCACGGAGCUGGUGGACGUGCUGAUUGCGAACGGAGCGGGCGUGGACAACUGGGCUAACCAGCGUCGCACCCCGCUGCACUGCGCGGCCGCCAACGGGUACUCAGCGACGGUGGCGCGCCUGGUGGGCGUCGGGGCGGCAGUGGAGGCGCGCGACGCCCGGGGCGCCACCGCCGUCGCCCUCGCCGCCCGAGGAGGCCACGCGGUCGCGCUGCAGUCGCUCCUGAAGCAGGGCGCGUCAGUGGACACAGAGGACGUCGACGGAAGGACGCCCCUCUCGCACGCCGUCAGGGGGAACUUCUCCGCUGCGGUCGCUCUGCUGGAUAAAGGGGCCAACGUGAACGCUGCGUCUAAGGACAAAGAAACCCCGCUCAUGAACGCUUCAAAAUACGAUAACCCCGAGAUUGUUACGUACCUCUUGGAGAAAGGGGCUGACGUGAACGCGAUUUCCAUGGAUGGCGACACUCCUCUGCUAAUUGCCACGAGGCACGGAACAUCUGCCGUCAUUUCUUGCCUCUUGGAGAAAGGGGCCGAGGUGAACGUGGCUGGCAAAAACGGCGAGACUCCACUUCUGAACGCCACCAAUAACGGAAACUCGGAAGUAGUAACACGUCUUCUGGAAAGAGGGGCAAACGUGAAUGCAGCCGACAAGACAAGAAACACACCUCUGCUAAACGCCACCAAAUACGGAAGCCCCGAAAUAGUGACAUGCCUCUUGGAAAAAGGGGCUGACUUGAACGCAACUGAUGUUAAUGGAGACACUCUCCUAUUGGUUGCAGUAAAAAAUCAGAAACGAGAUGUGGUGCAAUUGCUAUUGAAGAAAGGACUUUCACCAGGAAAUAAAAGCAGCAAAGAUGAGUCACCGUUGUUUGUGGCUUCUAGAGACGGACACGACGAUAUCCUUGAAUGCUUGCUGGAAGCGGUCCAUCAGUGUGACAGGGCCGAGAUAGGUCGCUCCCUGCGAGUGUCUGCUAGCGCGGAGGUGGUGUGGGUCUUCGCGGACGCUGCCCCUGACGUGGUGCUGGAGGAAGCAGGGAGGGAGGCGUUAGUUGCUUCAGCGACCGACGGUCGCCAGGAAGCUCUUCGCGCGCUGUUGCAACUGGGCGUCAACGUCGAUGCUACGGAGGUGAAUGGAAGGACCUCAUUGCACAACGCAGCUUCUGCCGGCCACCUCUGGUGCGUGCGCGCGCUGCUGGAGGCCGGUGCCCAAGUGAACGUUAAGGACAAAAAUGACCUAACUCCUCUGCAUGAAGCCGCGCGGACAGGG